AUGUACUAUCCGCCAUACACAACCAUGAAGAAGGAGGACUAUUUGCCCAACCUCGUCGAUAUCGAGUCUCCGCUCUCGGACGAAGAGCUCUACGUUCUUUCUCAACAGUACAACAACGAGGGCGACUUUGUCUCGGUGCAGACCCGCUUCAACUAUGCCUGGGGUCUGAUCAAGUCUCGAAAGGUCGAGGACCAGCAGCUGGGAGUGCAGAUCCUGGCCCAGGUGUACAAGGACACGCCCUCUCGACGUCGAGAGUGCCUCUACUACCUUGCCAUCGGCUCCUACAAGCUUGGCGAAUACACAGAUGCUCGGAAAUACUGCGACCUGUUGCUGCAGAUCGAGCCCGAUGACCCCCAGAGCGCCAAGCUGCGUCAGAUCAUCGAGGACAAGCUGGCCAAGGAGGGCAUGAUUGGAAUUGCUAUUGUGGGAGGAGUCAUUGCGGUGGGAGCUGCUGUUCUGGGCGCCGUGUUGAGCCAGAAAAAACGGUGA